AUGGAACCGAUCUUGGACGGAGUCAUGCACGCCGCGACGGCGACGAAGUCCGCAGAAGCCCUCCGCGCCCUCGCCAACAGAUACAGCCAAGACAUCCCUCCUCGCCCCUCGCCUCUGCGGCACCGAGCGCAAGGCGGCAAGGACGUCAUAUUGGUGACGGGCACCACGGGCAACUUUGGCUGCGACCUCCUCGAGGCCCUGCUCACCGACGACGGCGUCGAGCUCGUCUACGCCCUCAACCGCGGCGGCUCGAACGCGCUCGAGCGCCAGAAGGCGGCCUUCCACUCUCGCGAGCUGGAUGCGGACCUCCUGGAAUCGCCCAAGUUCCGCAUGGUCGAAGGCGACAUCUCGCGUCCCGACUUCGGCCUCCAGCCUGAGCUUCUCGAUGAGAUUCGAAAUUCGGUGACCGUAUUGGUCCACAACGCGUGGCAGGUGAACUUUAACCUGCCCAUUGCAUCCUUCGAUCUCUUCCUGCGUUCGCUCCGCUACCUCGCGGACUUCGCGCUGAGCUCCCCGUACAUCGAGCUCCCCAAGAUCCAGUAUGUUAGCUCCAUCACCGUUUUUCAAAGCUGUGACGUCCCCGUGCCUGUUGAAGAGGAGCCCGUCGGAGCGGGAUCGGCGCUGGGGUCUGGAUACGGCGAGUCCAAAUGGGUCGGGGAGCAGAUGCUCCUGAACCUCCGGGAGCGCACCGGGCUUCCCGUGCAGCUCGUGCGCCUCGCGCAGAUCUGCGGCGACCGCAACGGGUACUGGAACGCGGCAGAAUGGUUCCCCGCGAUGGUCAAAUCCGCGUUCCUCACCCGCUGCCUCCCCGACAUCGACGGGGACGCCGCGUUCGUGCCGAACUACGCGGCGGCGCGCGCGCUGGUGGAGAUGCGCUCGUCGCCCGAGGCGGUGCUCCAUCUGACGCACCCGCGCUCCGUCCGCCUGCGCACGCUGCUGUCGAGCACCGCGGACGAGCUCGGGAUCCCGCUGGUCUCGUGGGACCGGUACUUGCAGGUGCUCGCGCGGUGCGUGAAGGACGUCGGGUCCGAGAGCACGAAGGAGGAGUACGUCGAGGCCGUGCGCCGGAACCCGUCCCUCAUCCUCCUCGGCUUCUUCUGCACCCGCAAGUUCGAGCAGGGGAACGAGAUGACGCACUUCGUCGCUCUGUCGACGGAGAAGGCGCAGGCGGCGUCGCCGACGCUGCAGCACCUCCCGGAGCUCGGAGACGACGUCGCGCUGAGCUGGCUGUCCGCGUGGCGGGCGGCGGGCUUCUUGGAUGCGGAGGGGCAGUUUUGA